AAACUUUGCCCCUUGCUUGCCUUAUAAUCCAAAAAUAUUAAGAGGUGGGAAAGAUCUUUAGAUGAAAUCUGGUCAGAUCUUGCUUUGUGAAUUGUGGAUUUUGGUGCCCCUCUUUCUUUCACAUAAAAACUUCCCACUUUUUUCAUUUCCCUCAUCAUCAUCAUAAACAAAAGCCCACACCCAUAAAAAAUAAAUAUAAAGAAAAAAAAAACCUUUUUUUUUUUUGUGAAAAUAAUUCAUUCUUGUUAGUGAAUUUGUAAAUCUUGUUCAUAUGGGUGUUGCAACAGAUUCACAAUUUCAUGUUCUUGCUGUUGAUGAUAGCAUCAUUGAUAGAAAGUUGAUAGAAAGACUUUUAAAAACUUCAUCUUUUCAAGUAACGACUGUGGAUUCUGGAAGUAAGGCAUUAGAGUUUCUUGGAUUCCAUGAUGAUCAAGAAAUGAGUACAAAUGAAACAUGUUUGUCACCUAAUAUUAAUCAGGAAGUGGAAGUGAAUCUGAUAAUUACAGACUAUUGCAUGCCUGGAAUGACAGGGUAUGACCUGCUCAAGAAAGUUAAGAAAUCGUCAUCUCUAAAGGACAUACCGGUCGUGAUUAUGUCAUCAGAGAAUGUUCCUUCAAGGAUUAGUAGAUGUUUAGAGGAAGGAGCCGAAGAAUUUUUCUUGAAACCGGUCAAAAUAUCAGAUGUACAUAAAUUGAAACCACAUAUGAUGAAAACCAAAGUCAAAGAAACCGGUCAUCAUCAACAUCAACAAGAACAUCAUCAUCAAGAACAACAAAAACAUAAUCAAGAUCACAAAGAACAUAAUGUAUUAGAAAUCGCCGAAGUUGAGUCACAACAACAAUCCAAUGGGAAUAAGAGAAAGUCCAUGGAAGAAGGAGAUCAUACAAUACAAAACAAAGCACAAGUUCAAUGGUGGCCAUACUGUAGAUUUGACUAACCUUUUUUUUUUUUUUCUUCUACUUCCAAUUUUGAUGUUCAAAUUACUUUUUCUUUGACCCCCCCCCCCCCCCCC